GUGGUGGUCACUACUUCUGCUGCCGACAAACCCAGUAAUUGAUACGGACUUCAACAGAUUACCAACUCUAAAGCCCUCCGGUAUAAGCGCAGGACUGAAAAUGAUUUGGCGGGGGAGAGCGCUUACGGUUUUGGUUACCCUUUUGGGACUUUUGGUGUCUGUGCAAUGUAUAAGCCGGCAAGAAAUGUUUCCGUUCGGUCCAAGUGCUGGGGAUCAGUUGCUGCGACCAGGGAACGAUCAAACGCAAGAAGUCUCACUGGGAAGCCCCGUGGUAUUUUACAAUAGGAAAUUUGACAAGAUUUAUAUAAACACCAAUGGGUUUGUUGCCACAGAGGAGCCUACAACUGAGUCUGAGUACCUGGGCAACAUGCCUGCCAGUUUUGGCAUGAUUGUAGCGCUUCAGGGAGACCUUGAUACAAGUGAUGGUAUUGGUAAAGUCUACUUCCGCUACGACACCAGCUUAUCCACCCUUCAACAAGCAGCGGACCACAUCAAUAGAGCUUUCCCUGAAGAUGAGCCAAUUAAUCCCACUCAUGUUCUGGUGGUCACGUGGUUGGACAUGGCCGCCCACAAUCCCCACAGUAGACAAGAUGGGCUGAAUCGGAGACGAAAUACCUUCCAGUUGGUGAUUGCUUCGGUUGAGUCAGCAUCCUAUGCCAUCCUGCUGUACCCAAGACACGGAUUACAAUUCUACUCCACAGUGACAGGGGGCACUAGCUAUACUAUGCAGGCUGGCUUUAGUAAAGGACAGGAAACUUACUUAGUGUUUAGUAAGAGACAAGGACCGUACAGUCGCAUCACAGAUGAAGAAGAGACAUCUGUCAGGGCUUUGGCUGAGCAGACAAAUUCUGGGAAGCAAGGCGUUUGGGUGUUUGAGAUUGGAACAUAUCCAUACUUCACUCAGGUAGCUCCAGGUGAGGUGACAGAUCUGUCACCUGACACACCUCAGCAGCAUGCUUGGGAAAGAACCGAUGAGGCCAAAGUUCCAAUUCACACGGGGAAUCGGCAUCAAGUCGAGGAAUAUCCUACAUAUCGGGCCACACCAGAUAACACCCAGGACGUAUUGUACCGUAAAGAGCAACUCUCUCAACCUGGGUCUGUACCUCUUUACCCUGUCCAGUUCCAACCACAGCCACCACGUUACCAACCAGGUGAUCGUCAGGUCGUGGUGGUGGAAGACGGAGAAAUCGAUGUUGAUGUGUUCACCUACAACUCUGAGACCUGUGCCAACAACAGGCAAAAAUGUUCAAAUUUUGCUGACUGUAGAGAUUACCCAAAUGGCUACUGCUGCCACUGCAGACCUGGUUUCUAUGGCAAUGGAAAACAAUGUGUAGCUGAGGGGAAACCCCAGAGAAUGAAUGGCAAGGUGAUUGGUAGGGUGACUGUGGGGAACUCUCCUUAUCCUGUUGAGUUUUCCAGCAAUGACCUGCACGCCUAUGUCGUGGCCAAUGACGGUCGAGCAUACGUCGCCAUCAGUGGCAUCCCUGAGAGUGUGGGCUUUUCUCUCCAGCCUCUCUCCUCCCUGGGUGGUGUCAUUGGUUGGGCCUUUGCCCUUCAACAGCCUGGUUACAAGAAUGGCUUCAGCAUAAUUGGAGGAGAGUUCACACGUCAGGCUGAGGUGACCUUCAUGCCACGAGGCGAGAAACUGACCAUCACUCAGGAGUUCAAAGGCCUGAAUGAGCAUGAUCACCUAGUGGUUGACACCAAACUGGAAGGAACGGUCCCUGAGGUCCCAAGGGGAGCAACUGUGCAGAUAGACCCCUAUUCAGAGGUGUAUCAGUACAGUAACAACUUGAUCACUUCUUCUUCAACUCGAGAUUAUGUGAUCAGUCUAGAAGAUGGCACCACAGAGAACAGAUCUUUCCAAUGGAGACAGACCAUUACAUUCCAGAGCUGCAUCCAUGAUGAGACUAUCAGGGAGGUGCCGGCAACCCAGAUGCUCAGUGUGGACCAGGUGUUUGUCAUGUACUCCGUCAACGACCAGCUCAUGCGUUAUGCUAUGAGCAACAAGAUUGGCGACAUCAGUGGAGGUGAACAGCCUGAAGAGAACCCUUGCUUCACAGGGAGACAUGGGUGUGACACCAAUGCUGCAUGCAGACCUGGACACGGAAAUCAGUUCACGUGCGAGUGUAUCUCUGGUUUUACUGGGGAUGGUCGUGGAUGUUAUGACGUUGAUGAAUGCCGUGAAAGUCCUUACUUGUGUGGCCAACAUGCUACCUGCAGUAACCAGCCAGGAACCUUCCAUUGUGAGUGUAUGGAUGGCUUCCAGUUUGCCGGUGAUGGACAAACAUGUGUUGAGGUGAACCGCCCCACAGACCAUUGUCAAGCUGGUACCCAUGACUGUGAUAUCCCUGAACGUGCUCGGUGCAGCUAUAGUGGAGGCUCCGCUUACAUCUGCUCCUGUCUGCCAGGUUAUUUAGGAGAUGGGCGCAUCUGUCAAGACAUUGAUGAAUGCCAGCAAGGCAGAUGCCACCAGAAUGCCAUCUGUUACAACACACAGGGAUCUUUCACCUGCCAAUGCAGACCUGGUUUCUAUGGAGAUGGUUUCUACUGUUCCUCAGAACGGGAGAAAACACGUUGUGAGAUCCACAGAGAAACAGCCCUUGGGUCCUCACCAGAUGCUUACCCACGCGGCCCCCGCCCCAUCCCUGGGGCGUACGUGCCCACGUGUGAUGCCCAGGGAAACUAUGAGCCCACUCAGUGCCACGUUAGCAUCGGACAGUGCUGGUGUGUGGAUCGAAACGGAUUAGAGAUUGAUGGCACACGUACUUUACCUGGCAGUCGACCCAUGUGUUUUGAUGGAGGAGAUGUCUCACCUAUAGGACCCACCCCCAGGCCAGAUGUCCAACCAGUGCCCCCUGGUACUCAUCUUCUGUUCGCCCAGAGUGGAAAGAUUGAAUACAUCCCAAUGGAGGGAUCCGGCAUGAAGAUAAGUGAGGCAAAGACUGCCCUGCAUCUUCCCGAGAAGGUUGUGAUUGGAGUUGCCUAUGACUGUGUGGAGAGGAUGGUUUACUGGACAGACAUUACAACUCCAGCUAUUGGUAAAGCUGACCUGCAAGGGGGAGAGCCUGUUCAGCUCAUUCGAUCGGAUCUUGGCAGCCCAGAGGGCAUUGCCAUAGACCAUCUGGGUAGAACCAUGUACUGGACUGACUCCAUGAAGGACCGAAUUGAAGUGGCCUCUCUGGAUGGAGCCCAGAGAAGAGUUUUGAUCGACACAGACCUGGUGAAUCCCCGUGCUAUCAUCACUGACCCAAACAACGGAUACCUUUACUGGGCAGACUGGAAUAGAAAUGCACCCAAGAUCGAGGUAGCGCACAUGGACGGCACAAGCCGCAGGGUCUUAGCUAAAGAUGACCUGGGUCUGCCAAAUGGGUUAACCUAUGACCCCCAAACUUCUCUGCUGUGCUGGGCGGACGCUGGUACACACAAAGUGGAAUGCAUGAAUCCAAACCAGAAUAAUCGCAGACAAGUCAUGGAGGGCAUUCAGUAUCCAUUCGGCAUGGCUUCUCAUGGCAAAAACCUCUUCUACACUGACUGGAGAAGGAACGCAGUGAUUGUCAUUGAUAGCUAUGCAGGAAGAGAAACAGAGGAGUUCCAGCCUCAGAAGAGGUCUCGUCUCUACGGCAUAGCAACAGCUUAUGCCCAGUGCCCCUCAGGACAAAACUACUGCUCAGUCAACAAUGGAGGCUGCACACACUUGUGUUUGCCGACCCCCACUGGCCGUACCUGCAGAUGCCCUGACAAUGCAGUGGGAGUGAGUUGUGUUGAGAGGGAUGGCAGAUUGUAAGGAGUGAAAGAAACAGAUGGGACAGAAUGUACACUGGGAUUAUGUUUGAAAGGACUGAAUCAUGUAUGUGUCUGUGCAUUUUAAUUUUUACUGUAUACACAAAACUAUCAUUAUUAAAUGUAGAGCUGUACAGAUUCUGAUUCUCUCAAACAUAUUUUUGUUAAACCCAGCCAAGUCUUCAAUCCCAAAACAGGUUGUAACUUUAUGACAUGAGGUGUUAGUGUAGUGGAGUCAUUUGUUCAUGUAUCCUAAAGAAACAUUUGCCUACAAUAGAAAUAUCAAAUAAAGCAAUAUUUCAUGUUGCCACUGAACAUCACAAGUUUACACGGCAGCUUGCUAACAUGCUAUGAAGUAAGAGACUUUAUCUGUUGUGAAGUUACAUUUUUUAAUGAGUUAAAUCCCUUAAUAUUAUAUAUUAGAUCAUGUGUCAUUGUUUUUAAUCCUUUAUUAUCAUUAUUUGUAAAUACAACUAUAGUAACUAUGUCCAUGUGGUGCUCUUGAGUGGGCAUAAAUCAUUUGCAAGAUUUCAAGAGAUAACUGUGAAAUAUGUACACUUGCAGAGUAUUAUUUGUCUAACUAUCAGAUGUAUGAAAGCCAGUGUCUCUUCUAAUGUCACUCAAAUUUUAGGGUAUACCACCUGUCAUUGUCUUUAAGCACAAAAAACGCUGACAAUCUGAAACAACUGAACUAAUAAAGUUUACAUCCUGUGCAUCUGUCCAAUAAAAUACCAUUUUAUAGAAAAA